AUGCUUCAGGUCAGGCAAUACCAGGCCAAGGAUUGUGCGCACCGUCAGGAUGGCGUUCGGUUCAACCAGAAUCGUCUCUUCCAGAGUGAUCAGAAGAGGCUCUAUAAAUCAUUGAAGCGACCAAUGGUAAGUGGAACGGGCCCAGUACCGAAUCAGGCCGACACGGUUGCAUUCUGGCGCGGCCUGUGGUCAGAGCCCGUAAACCACAACGAGGGCCCUUGGACGGAAGUUGUGGCGAGUCAGUGUGCGGGUAUUACGCCCAUGGAUCCCGUCACCAUAACGCCGGAUGACGUAGCUGAGGCGGUCCGUAGGGCCCCGAACUGGAAAAGUCCGGGACUCGACGGGCUGCAUCACUACUGGCUGAAGGGGUUCGUGGUGUGUCACACUGUGCUCGCCCGACAGUUUCAAGAGGUUCUCAACCAGAAGUCGCUCCCGAGCCUCUUCACUACUGGGAUCACCCAUUUGGUUCCUAAAGGCCAGGGGCCGCUGACUGGGGGUCGCCGGGGCGCGUCUGGAGCUGGCGCUGGACGCGGCAGCAUGCGGGCCGCCAGCCGAGCGCGAGGAGCUGCAAGAUCACCUAACAGCCCCCCGCAUCCAUCAUCCCCACCAGACGGCUUGAUGUCGGCAGGGUCCUCUCGGACUCGGCAAGCGGCAUCCGCCGCUGGUGGAGUGCGCCGCAUGCGUUGGACAAGGGAUAUGAACGCAAACGCAUUGCGGGCGUACUAUAGGGCGAAAGGGGAAGAAACUGCGGGGAUAGCGUAUCGGGCUCUGAUGCAUUGCUUUUUUGCUGAGCUGGAGCCGUCUAUUCCCGUCACGGAACAAAACCUGGCAGACCGAGUUCGGUACAUCAUGCGCUCGAAAAUAUUCGAUGAUGCCGAGCUCGAACGACUACGACGUGAGGCCAUUCCCUCAUCGAAUGAAUUGGCUACGGCUGGGGAUGAGGCUCCUCAGGCGACAGACCAGCUGCCACGCGUAGAAGCCGCCAUGAAUCUUCCAGUUGUGGGUGAUUCAGACAAUGAUGAAAUGGUCUCCCACGAACUAGAGCAAAUGAGGAGUAUAUUGGAAGAGGCGAUUUUGGAAACGCGCAGCAUGCCUCUCGAAAAUCGACCGCGACUUCCCCGCAUAACCCUAAGCAAGCGAAAUCGGGCUGUCGUGAGGGCCCUUAAUCCAAUGCUGGUAACCUAUUAA